CGAUCCAGCCAAACAGCCAUAGAAUAUCGAAAAUUAUUUGCAAAUUCAUGUUUGCUGUGUUUCUGUUCAAUUUUAAAUUCUGGACUUAGGAAUGCCAACAAUAACAAGCGUUUUGAAAUUUGCAAAAAGUAAGCAAAUCCAUUUAGCAGCUAUGAAAUACUAAUCAAAUGGUGCAGUUAUUAACAAUAUGGCGCCAGCUCUAACAGAGCCUAUAAGUCCAACGGAGAAAUUAGAAAAUUCUGCCACUACUGCCACAGCCACAAGGUCUGCCAGGAAAAUUGAGCAGGUGGGAAUUAAAUCCAACAACAACAACAACAAUAUUAUAAAGCAAUCGCCUCAAAUACGCGAAAAGCGUAACUCGAAGAGCAGUAUAAACGUUGUCCAGCCAGCUACAACAUCAUCGCUACGAUCGACACGUUCCAAAGACGCACAGCAAAGGAAUUCCCUUAAAACAGCUGUGAAAUCAAACUUGCACGCACAUUGCAAGGAGCAACAGUUGACGACAAGCAAAUCCUCAUUUAAAGAGUCCAAUAGUGAUUGUACAAAUAAUGAGCAAAUGGGCUUAAGCACAGCCAUUUUAGACACCAAAAACCAACUAGCCCAGAAAAAUACAAUUGCAAUUGCAUUAGAGGAAAGGGGGGAAAGUACGGCAGAGAAGGCUCCAAAGGAAGACACUUCAACAGCUCAACUCUUGGCGGAUCUAACAAACGAGGCCAUUACAGCUGAUAUUUGUUUACGCAACCAACUUAAGGACGUUAAUCUUGUCAAAACGUCAGAGGGUUCUUCAUCUCCCUUGCAAAGAGAUUCCGAUAUAGUAGUUAUUAAAGCCAUAACUGCGUCUCCUAGUACUGCCCCAGACACUGCGCACAUGGAGACGCAGUGUAAUGAUACAGCAGCAAGUACAACUAGUCCUAAACACCAGGAGAGUAACAAAAAAUACAACUCAUCUUUAGAAACUAAAUUAUUGGGCGAUGAACAGAAAAACGUCAACUCAAUAGCAAGUACAGAACAUCAAAUCGAGACGGAAAAGGUAGUGGAAACAAAGAAACAUGAAGAACUCCCUACAAAAGUUGAACAUGAUGAAGUCAAAGAAGUUAGUUCCGAUUCAACCAAAAUCGAAGCAGCAUGCACUAAAUCGAUGGACAUCGAUAUGGAAGCCGCAUGUACGCAAGAGUCUCCCAUUGGUUCUCCAGAUUUCCAAGCAGAAACCAAAAAAGAUGCCAGAGAUACCUCAAAGGCUGAAAUUCUUUCUGUGCAAGAAUUGCCACCCGUCAAUACCGACUCAACGAUGACAGCAUCCGAAGUUGAAGACAAUUUAGAAGAACGUUUGAGUCAACUCGAUGGUACUGCUAUUGAUUCCCCGCCUCCAAAUAAUGAUGUUGACAAGGAUGCUUUGAUAAAAUCUGUACAUAAUAUCGAAUCUACAACCACUCCACCUCGAACUCCAACCCAUCAGCAUUCAAUAUCGCAGGAUAUGCAACAAAUACAACAACAAUUGCAAAACACACCUCCCACACCGGUAUCACAGCAAGUGCAGGCUCACCACAUGCAACAGCAACAACAAAAUUGUUAUACCCCCCAAAGUACUGUGUCCUCAGUGAAUACUGUAGGCAGCGGCAAUAUCCCUCCCUCGUUUAUUAAGGAAUCCGAAGGAGCCGAUUUAGAGGAUCAAGAAAUAGAAGAGGUUUUCAAGGUAUUAAAGGGUUUCGAAGGUGGCACAACGUCGGAUUUGAAUGUAUGUGAUCUUAAUGUUUUAUUCAACGAAGUCUACAUGAAAAUGAACGAAACCGAAAUGAAUGGAAAUACCAGUUCAAACGUUGCCGGUGUCAGUGCAAGUCAAGCCAAUGCGGCCACAAAUCCCUCUAUACAAUUGGUAAAACCAACAGAGCUCGAAGAAGGCCAGAAAGACAUAGAAAAACGGCAACAGCAAUUGCAACGUAAAGUGGACUUUCUGAUGAGGCGUCUGCGCAAGCUGCAGUCUCGUUAUAUGUGCAGACAUACCAGUGAAGAAAUUGCCGGUCUUUUUGAAUGGAGUUCCAGACAGGUCAGCAAAGGUGUUGCAAACAAUGUUUUGACCUCGAAUAGUGCAGAAAAAUCAAGUCAAGAUGCCAGCAAGUAUUUUUUGAAGGUUAUAGCCGCCAGACCACCGGCCAUGGACUGGAAAAGCGAACAGGAGGAAAUUGUACCUGCCACACAAAUUACAAUGUUACUGCGCAAAAUUGAAGCCGUUGCCAAUGCCCAACAGCACUGCAUAACACCUGCAACGACGAGUUUGCCGAAUUUAGCAGCAACAACCAAGAAAACUAAAAAAGCUUUAUUAGAGGCUCAAGCAGCAUCUGGCUCGAAGCACGGUACAUCUGCAUCGUCAUUAGGUUAUGCUCGCUCGGAAAAUGCAGUAAUAUCUACAUUCGAUGAAAAUGUAACAAAUGAAUUGACCCAGGUGGCAGGACUUUUACAAAGCGAGAUGUGUGAAGUGCAAAGAGCCAUUGAUUCUGAUGCCACAGAAUCCAGUUCUGGAGGCGAAUCGGCAGAUGAAAUGGUAACAUACAAUAAUCAGCAACAACAAACUCUGCCAAUAAAAAAACGUGCCGCGUGGCGUUACUCACGUGAUCGUGCUGCCAUUGCGUCACGCUGGUCGUGGCUGCUAUCUCAAAUAUCAGAUCUUGAAAUCAAGAUUCGCCAGCAUAGCGAUUUACAUCAAGAAAUUGUCAAAUCGAAGGGUCCCGUUACUUGCUUCGCCGAAAACGGUCUAAAGGUUGAGGCGAAAGUGGGUGAAAUAAACAAAGAAGACAUUGAAGGUUCCUGCAGAACUCGUGGCUUUGUGCCUGCAUUGUUUCGCAAGCGAAAGCUUGUGCAGACAACCAACAUGCACAUAAUAUCGAAAAAAGCAGCAAGACCCAGCACAAUCAAAUGCGGCUGCCAAUGGCCAUUACAUCCAUGCGCAUUAUGUACGGGGCGUACUGAUCCAACUGCCCCCAGGGAUUUGCCGGAUACCAUGAUGAUGUCCGAUAGAAUAGCGUUGUUAGAUCCUGGUUAUCAUCCUGUAUUGAGUUUUAGAGAAAAUGUAAAUAAUGGAAUACAUUUGGAAGCCAUUGCUAAACAGUCAGAAUGGCAGCAGCGUGUUAUGCGAUCUCAGGCUAAAAGCAUUGCUAAAAAUGUUUGGAAAGCUGAACGCGAGGCAGUUGCUGCUGCUGGUGGACAUUCAUCGAAGAAAUACGGCGAGUUUGCUCCGGUUAAACGCCGCUAUGUGAAGAAAAAAGAUCGUGAAGAUAAAUCGGGUACAGUAAGCUCCAACAAUAUAAAGCAACCGCGGAGUACAAUGCCAACGACAGAUGCUGCUGCUGCUUCAAGUCAGAUAGCACCAUCGGGGUCAUCAUCAUUAAUCGAUGCAACUUCUUUGGCUACUACGUCCACAACAACGCCACUUGUGGCCAACAAGAUGGUGGCCAAAAGUGCGAAGAAGCAACAAUGCCAAAUUCUGAGCGAUGUAAUGUUGAAGGAUCCCAUCGUAAUAUCGCCUCUUCGAGUAACAACAAACAAUUCAUUGGGGAGCACGGCGACGUUAUCAGCAACAGCGAUGACAUCAUCAUUGCAUCAAACGAGCGAUUGUCUCCCGACAAACUACGAUGCAUACAAUCUCAACCAAACACAUUCAUCAUCGAUCUCCAACAGCAGCAGCAACAACAACAACAACAACAGCAGCAGCAGCAAAAGUAAUAAACAUCGCAAACUCUCAUCAGCAUCAAUGGCUGCCACAUCUCAUCAUUAUAAUCAGCACCAUAACAAUAACCAUCUAUAUAAUGGCGAAUCAACAUUUCUUCAUAACCCUGAGUGGUCAACGGCGCCGGGGGUGGGAGGAGGUGGUUUUAUAGUGGAUGGACUGGCUGCCCGCAGUCGUACAUCUUCUCCCACACACGGCUUGAGCUACCACAAUAAAGUCGAAAGAUCGUUUGAUCGUAAGAACCGUGUAUCCUAUGAUAUUGAUAAUAUUGUGAUCCCCUAUAGUGUUGCAGCUGCUACUCGAGUUGAAAUUCUACCAUAUAAAGAAAUUCCAACGCCAAAAUGGCGUCUUAUAAACAUCAAUGGCGAAGAAUUAGAAAAUUCCAAAAUGUCAGAGAGUGAUAAAAUCGUCAUUUCCAAUGGAAUAUCUGAUGAUAGUGACAAGGACAAGGACCACAUUGAAGAUUCGAUAAAGAGUGUAAAAAAGGCGCUUGAAUUGGAGGGAGAAAAAAGAUUGGAGGUGAAUUCAACCACAGAUCAAGCUAGUGGCGCUAUCGAAGAAGAGGCUAAAGAAAAUCAAACUUCUUUGUCAUCGGAAAGCAAUGAGAAUGGUAGCCAUAAUCACAAUGACAACCAUUCCAAAGAAGACGAUCCCAUGGUGAAGGAGCCAGAAGAGAAAAAAUUGAAAGUAGAACCAAAUGUGAUAAAAAUUCAAAGUACUGAAGAGGAAUUCAUUUUUGAAGAUAUAUCUGAUGAUGCCAUGAUCUUAAGACACGAGCGGGCUUUAACAGAAGAACGACGUAAGUUUCAGACGUAUUUAAAAUUUCCAUGGAGUACACGUUCUAGGGCCAAUCGCCGUAUCGAUAGCCGAGCUGAAUCUAGUGGAGCAAACACCCCAGAUCCCAGUUCGCCAGCGCCACAAACACCAAGUGUUGGUGGUGGCGAUCAGGAAAGUAUACCAUCUCCAUUGAACCCUUCCACUCCUCUUAAUAUAAUGGAUACAGUUUCAGAGGCUGGAGACAAUUCUACUUCAUUUUUAGGUGUUGGUUUUAUGUCAAACCAGAUAAGUAGUAAACGUCAAGAAAGAAGACGAACUACUUCAACAAAGCGUGAUUUAGAACGUCGCAGUUCUACACCAGAUUCCAAAGAGAUUAUACCUCCCUACGAACCAAUGAAAUUUCCACUGAGUGAUGAACUGUUUGAGGAACUUAUGAGUGCCAUGCCCAGUGAGCAUGGUGAGGAGAGUAAACGUUUCGAUGACUGUUACUUGCCUGGUGGUGGCGGUGGUGGUGGUAUAAGAACCCGAAAUUCUUAUAUCAGUGGCGGCAAUGCUUCGAAACGUUCGUCCCGAUCCUCUACAGUCUGUGGUGAAAGACGUGUUAAAGGUUCUUUAAAAAACAAUUCAGUAGAUGAUGUCAAUGCCAUGAUGCCGCUAGAAAACGGCACUGAUGAUGUUGCUUUAUACGAUGAAGAAUAUGAUGAUUAUCCCAAGCACCACUUGGCACCAAACGAUCAUCUGACAGCUGACAAUUGUGCCGACGACAGUGGCGAAAACAAUGAUAUGUACGGCGAUGAAUACCACACAUUUUCGAAUCGUAGAAAACAAAAACGGCCCAAUGAUGAUAGCGAUGGUGAUUCCACAGAAACGGAACCUUUCCAAGAUGACGAUCCCAAUGAUCCCGAAUGGUGCGGCGAGGGAGAGGAUCGAACGCGUAAAAAAUGUUGAGCCAAGGCAUAUGUGUAAUGCCUUUUUAAAGAAACUUUUCAUCGGCUGUAUACAGACGUGGGAAAAAGUCGAUUUUCUUUUGCAAGAAAGGAAAAUAUUAAUUUUUCUUACUUUAACUUUAACUUAAACUUUAAAUAUAAUUAAAACUUGUUGUGUUUAUUAUAUUAUUUUUUUUUUUCAUAAACUAGCUAUAAAAAAAAAUAUUCUUAUAGAAGCAGUUCAUUCUACACAAACAAAAAUAAAAAAAAAAAUAAACAAGGCCCAUUCAUUAUAUAGAGAUUUACCCACAAACUGAAGUCAAUGAAACGAAACAAACAAACUUACUUAAACAAACAUAUAUUAUUAAUAAAAGAUAAUAACAAAAAACCCCCCAAAACGAAUCUACAUUUUCCCCGGAAAUUAGUUCUUGUCGAUUAUGUUUCAGAACGACGACGAUAAUAUCCUUAGAGUGUGUUUCUGUUAUUUUGGAAGUGAGAAAGAUGAGAGUGUAUAGCGAAGCAAAACAAAAACUGCAUAGUUAAGCCUGUAAAUAUACAUACAUACAUUACAUACUAAAAUAUUUAUAUAUGAGUUUGAUAAAUACUUAAAAUACAAAUCAUUUAAUUAGCUAUGUAUAUAUAUUUUUAUUAAAUAGCAUAAUAAAAUUAUAUUUAUACAGUAGUAGCAAUCGUCUACACGGUUUUUUUUUUGUUUUUAUUAUUAUCAAUUAAUCUAAGAAUGUUUACACAUUUAACAUUAACAAAAGGAACUCAAAGUUAAAUAAGAUUAAUAUAUAUAUACAUAUAUAAAUGAUAAAUAAACUAAGCUUAACGCAUUUCAGCCUAGAUGCGUGUCAAAUAAUUCUGGCUCCAAGAAAAAAAAACAACAAACACAAAAACAAAUUCUUAUAACAAUAUAAUAAACAUAUUAUAUAGAUGUAUUUAUUUUUUACCCCAUCCUCCAAAUGUAAACUUCUAAUGUUCAUGGAUUCCAUAACCAAACACACACAUGCAGAAGUAAAUGUAAUUGACUGGGAAAUUUGACCAUUAAAGCAAAAGAAGAACUACCACAACAUA